UCUACAUCAUUGGCUGUUGUGUUCGACCUCAUCUUGCAAUAUCACGCUUCGCCUACCGAUUGACUCCGAAGGAGCAAUUGCAAAUAUCAACAUCCAAUAAUACGCGAUAAAUAAACCGAUAAUUUCGCAAUGGCGAUUCCCUUCGAAGCGUUGAUUCCUUAUGGAAUCAUCCUUGCCAUGUUCGGCGCGACUGGUGCAGGUCUCUCGAAAUUCCGAAACUGGCAAAACGGUGGCAAGAGAGGACGACGAUCAUUGGAUCAAUGGGACAGACAAAUGAUGAACCGAGACCGUCGGUUAACGGGAUUCUUACGAGGGCAAAGCGAUGCGCCCAUAGCCCCAACCGGCUUCGAGGUCAACAACCCUUGGAGGGUCGAGAAGCGAUUCACGUAAACAGAAGAGAGAGACGGAAAAGAGGGGACGAAAUAUUUCGCAACGGGUAGCCAUUUGUACAAAGCCCAUGAAAUAUAGCAUUUGAUACGGAAUUUUAUUU